CAAGUUGAAUUCAGCAUUGGAGGCCGCAAGGUGCAGACCGAGCGCCAGGAGGAAAAUAUGUCGAUUCUACGCGAGUGUCUGGUGAAUUUGUCAUACUCUAAGUCGCACGCCGAGUCGAAAAUUGUGAUGUAAACCCGCGACGAAUAUGAGUGUCUCUCAGGAGAUUGCUGCCACUGUCGUGUGCAGGGAAGUCUUCGAUGAAUCUUCCCAUCCGUCUCAUGAAGAGGUUGUCGACUAUGCGACACGGCUGGGAAUCGACCCGGAGGCUGAGCCGCACCUCUUGGGCCUUGCCAAGGAUGGCCUCAUGGCUGCUCUGCCCAAGGGAUGGUCCCCUUGCUUCCACGAGGCGACUGGAGCCUGGUACUACUACCAGGCUUCUACGGGCACCACCACCUGGGAACAUCCUCUUGACUCUGUCUACAAAGAGCUGGUAGAGAACGCGAGGAAAGGAAACCGGCAACCGAGCAUUGAUGAAGAUUCGAAAGCAACAACAAAGGAUCUCGAGUCCCAGGAGGAUGUGACAUCUCCUAAAGAGAUUGCGAAAACUUUGUCUCGUCCAAAGCUUCCGGCGAAGCUUGUACCACUGAGAAAGUCGAAAACCGAGAUAGUGGGCGCUCGAAGAAAUGAGUUCAAGGCCGAAAAAACCCAGCCGCGGAAGGAAAACGACACCGUGAAACUCGACAACUCGUUCAGCUCGUCGAGCGACAGAGCCAGCAGGGAUUACACGAACCUGCGGUUCCAGGAUCCGAAUUUUUACGAGAGCCCGAAGCUGCUCGAGGUGCUAAAAGCUUCGGAAGAGUCGGAGGAGUCGAAGGUUCGAGGCAAGGAAUUGGACUUGCAGGAAGUCCUCAAGAGGUCCGAAUCACUGAGUCCGAGAUACGAGCAGGAGUGGGAACAAUUGUCAAGCAAGUUUGGCUCGGAGGAAAACAUCAUUGACAUUGAUAAGCUGAGUAUAAACUCGCUGAACAAGUCGGAUGCGGUCGUCGAGAAAUCCGAGGAGGAAAAACAACAGGCGAGGCAAUCGAGCCGUAUCAAAGAGUUGACUCUUAGCGGCGGUGGUUCCAUGUUCUUGAAGAGUAACAGGAGCAGAGAUGCGAACGCCUGCGGCAGCCUCGACGAAGAUGUGCAGAACGAUUUUUACGGCGUUCUACGACUUGAGGAUAAAAAUACAUCGUCCGUUGGCGACAGGCCGAAAUCAAUUCUUCGCGAGAAGAAUUCUGAAGAUGACGACAAGCCCGUAGAAGAAGAGCGUAAGAGCGUCCGAUUCGACUUGGAGAAAGAAGUAGACGUGAAAUUCACGUAUUCGGGAUCAGAGGAGGAGUGGGACACGGAAUCGGACGAGCCCAAUAUGCGAAUAUCGGCGACUGUGACGAUGAAGAAUCUCAUGAGCUUCGAGGGUGAAGAUUUGGAUUUAGAAAAAUCGGCGCCAACCGAUGUUGGCUCGUGUAUGCAAGGCGAGUCAGUCGGCGAUAAGCUCCCGGAUUUGGAAGAACCGAAGAAGGAUAAUUUGGGUGAAAAGUCUAAGAUGAUAUCAAAGCAACCGAAGAUCGUGGGAAAGAGAUUUCUGGUCGAGAAUGUAACAGAAAACGAGCACUUCAACCAAACGUCGAAAGACAAGUCGUGCAGCGAUGCGACCGACGGCGGUGGCGACUACGUGCCAAGCAAGUUCGAGAACGUGAGGAAUAUCGACCUGCUCUCGAAGAGCGAAAAUGAGAGCACGACGACCCUGAAGAGCACCGAGUCACGGUCCAGCAUCCUCGACGAGAUACGCAGGAGCAAGGAGAUGAUGCUUGAGUCGAUGAAAAGGAGCGAUAUGCGGGCGAAGAACGAACUCCAGAAGGAGAAGGACGACGCCUAUCACCUGAUGAAGAUCAAGCUCGACCUUGAGUCGGCGAGGAACCAGCGAGAGAAGGCGAGGGCCAGGAGCCAGAUGACGAAGAAUUUUCAAGCGGUGAAAUCGGCGGUAAGGAGAGAGCGUGAGAAGGAGAUACAGGACCUGAAAGACGACUUCCAAAUCAGGUACGAGGACACGAAGACAGAGUACGAGGCGAUGUUCCUUGAGGAGAAAGGCUACCUCGAGGAGAACAUUAAGGAGAGACUCGCCGAGCUCAGGGAGGAUAUGAAGCAGCGGGAACAGCUGGAGGUCCAGAACCUCGUCGCCGAGAUGGACAAGACUCGAGUUGAGGAGCUGAACAACCUUCGUAGCGAGCUUGAGACCUGCUACGAAAAGGAGAAGCAGGAGAUUCUGAAGAACUUGAGGGUUGAACUGGAGGAGAAGAAGCUGGAAUUGCUCGAGCACAGAAAUCGUGAGAUCGAGAAGCUGAAGAGUGAUUUCGAGAAGUCUUUGGAGGAGGAAAAGGCGUUGAAGCUCGUUGAACUCGAUCUUGGAAAGCAGCACGCCGAGAAGGUCAAGGCCUUGAAGACCAAGCUGGAAAAGGAAUUCGAAGACACUGUGAUGGAGCUUCGUUUGCAGCAGAGGGAGAAGAUAUCCAAAGUAACCGAAGAUCACGAGGUCAGCCUCGCCGAAAUCUUACGGGAUUUCAGAACGGAAGAAGAUCUUGCGCGGAAGGAGUACAAGCAACGUUUGGAAGAAGUACGAGCUUCGUUUUCUCGAGACAUCGAGAAAGAGAUGAAGAAGCAAAGCGAACGUUUAGUUCGUCCUGACUCGAUGGAUUAUGAGAAAAUUCGUUGCGAGAAACGGCUGGUUGAGGACAAGUAUAAAACGCUCAAAGAAAAGUACCUGAAAUUAAAAAAUGACGUACGACUAGCCGUGGAGUCAAGAAGCAGGAGGAAAGAGGCGAAUGCCACUGCGUCGGAAACCGAAAGAUCGACUUCCGCGAGGACUAAAACGGAACGCACCGAGUCUGUUGAUCAAAAAGCGCCGUUAAAAAAGACGCAAUCCAUAACAACGCUCUCGGAAAAUGUAAGUCACAAUGAUAAUGGCGCCGAGGAAAGUGACGGCCAGAAAAUAGCGGGAUUUUCAAAAACACCCAGUGCCCUGAAGCUCGCUCAGAGCAAAUUAGAAUCGGACGACACGACAACGGCGAGCGAACAAAAUUCAAAUCUAUUAAAGAAGAAAAAGUUAUUUACAAAGAAGGCGGCUAGUACAUCGAAGUUGAACAACAACGUCGAGAAUCCCGUCGAAAACAUCAGGAAACAGCUCGAGAAGUUGGAAGACCUGGGGGACCAAUUGCCAAGCAACGAGAAUGCUUACACUUUGAGAUAUCCGUUCCAAGACCAAGCCGCAAGUCUUAUUUCAGCGCCGGCGAACGCUUCAUCGGACAUAGAAUUCUUCAGGCAUCGAAUCCACGUCGAGAGAGAUUCCGUGAGGCGAGCCAGAGAGGCACUUCACCAGCAGAGAAAUCUAUUCCAGGGAAGACAGAGGGCUUGGAAGCAACGAAGCGUCAGGGCGACACUGGAGCAGCUGGUACAGGAGGAACGUGAGUUAUCGGACAUGGAGGUUAGCUUGCACCGAACGCGGAGUCUCCUGGGGGAAAAGGUGAUUCACUUGCGCCAUCUAGAGCGAUCCCUCGAGAGAGUCGCCAACGCGAAGAGGAACAAAAACGAACAAACGGCAAAGAGCGACGAGUUAACGCUGAGUGACAUCUCGAGUGCGAGUAGCGGAUUCAGUUCGACCGAUUUAGAAACCGACACUUUUAUCGGAAAGUCGGAGCACUAUCAAGAAUCGACGGAGAUCAUAGCCAGCCUCGAGAAUCUCAAUUCUGAGAUUCGUGAGAUAUGGGGUGUGCUCAACAAAAGACAGGACAACAGUGUGCCACCUCCACCAACACUGAUGUACUCGGAUCUGAGGUGGCUACCUUAUCAGCAGCUCACCACUCAGGCCAACAAUGUCCCAGCUUUUGGAACGCCGAACAUCCAAUCGAACAUUUUGUCCCAGUUGACCGGUUCUCAUCCACCAACGACUACAACCCAGAAUAUAAUCGCUCAGUAUGGGCCUACCAGCGGAUAUACGACCAGCGUUGGAAACGUCGAGAGGACGACGUCUAAUCUCAUGGAAAGAACCAGAAACCUAAGAGACUGGUUGCGGCAAGCGCGCGUUGAAAGUUCAGAUCUAGUCAGCCCGGGUCAAGCAACCCUCUAGUUCUUAUAAAUUCUCGAAGGAAAGGGUAUCAACUCAUUUUCUACCCAUUGCUCAUCCGUUUGGUUCCAGUUCGUCAAAAUUAGUGAAAUUAAUCUGGCAGCGUACGUUGACGAUAUUGAUCCACUUCUUCUUCUUUUAUAUUAGAUAUCACUAUUUAUAAUUCCUAAUUGACGGACAAAAAUAAUGAAAAUUGUCCGUAAAACGAUAUUAGUUUUGUAAAUCGGAGCACAACAAAAUGUGGUGAUUUAAGCACAGCUGUAUUUAAAAAUUACUGAAAAUCUUGAACUUCGGCAGAACAGCACAAUGGAAAUUCAAGAGACUAAUGGUGAAAAACUUGAAGCCCAGAAGGCUGAAGAAUAAAAUUCAACGCAACUGAAGCAUUUGUUACUGUGAUGCGAAAUAACGUGAGAAAAAAACAUGGUGUUACUGAAAUGUCGCUGUUUGAAAACUGGAACCAAUCGAAGGUUAGAAAAGGUUCGGAUUGGGGGAUUCGUACAGAGUAAAAACAAUGAAAAUCAGGAUUUCCAAAAUGUGUACGUGUGUUUUUUUCGUACCAAUUGAUCGUGAGAAACAUUGUUCCCAGAUGCUUCAUCUUUUUAUACGUUUGCAUUCAUUCGUAUUCUAUUUAAUUGUAAAAAAAUAUUUUCUAUUUUUUGACUUUCGUAAAUAUUGACUCAACACGUUCUGACAUUUCUACAUUUUGAUCAUCUUUAGGUAAAGGUUAGUUAAAUAUUUCAAAUAUCAUCUUACAAAUAUCAAGCUUGUACGUUUUUAUGUAAUAACUCGUCCUUACACGUAGAUACGAGCUAUUCGGGUAUUCAAAUAUCCGAAUCACUCGAAUUCCUUAGUUAUGAAACUUGAACUCCGGAUAGUUAGUAUAUUCAGGACAAUUUCUCGGUAUCCGGAACACAAUACAAGUUCAAGCAAUUUGAAAAAUAGUUGUGUAUUUUUGCAAAUAAGUUUUAUAAGACUGUGAGUUAGCUAUAACUAACACGCAGCUGUAAUACUUAUAGUGCAACUAUACUAACAAGAACCCCGAGUGAAAAAGGAUAAUUUAAGUAUAAAUCCAAAUAAGCAGAGUGCUUUAACUAUUCGAAUAGUUUGAAUAGUUUGGAUAGUGCAGCUACCCGGGUACUCGAGUACUUGAACUAUCCGGAUACCCUAAAAAGUUAUGACUUCUUCAUAAGUAAGUGUUCACGACCUGAAGCUCUUACGAAAUAAGCACUUCAGAGUGACUCAUACUCGACGUAAGAUUAUUAUUCGAGCACCUAUUUUGAGACCGCAACUCUGUUCGUUAUGUUUUCUGAUUUUUUCGAAUCGGGAUACAUUUAGCUCGCGUAAAUUUACGUUGACAUCGUCAAUACUCAAAGUCACCAAGUAGUCAAGACAAAGUUUAUCCGCUACUGUAAUUUUUCAUCUCUCAGUAAGAGAGCUGAGCUUCGUUAAGAUUGGAUGGAGAACCGGAACAUUGAAUAACGCGGCAAGUUUAAAAGGAUGCUAUGAUCGCUUUUACCCACUGAGUGAAAUUUUACUUAUUUCGACUAUAGUCAAAGCCUAUGAAUCACUCAUGCAAAAAUCCCACAGUUUGCGUUUCUCCAGAUGUAUCGCCGGAAAAAUAUCGAAAAAAUUUUUUGGACUCAUGUGAGGAUAACUCCAGAAAAUGAAUUCCUGAAACAAGUGGCAAUUUGAUUACAGGAAUAAAUUUUUGGAAUUAUUGUUGCGUAAGACAAAACAUUUUUGGACGCUUUUAUUCGGCAUUGCAUGUACAAUGGCAUCAUAAUUGCUUUUUCGCUUCAGUGAUGCGUAAGCCUGUUUAAUUGACUCAAUAAGUGAAAUUAUACUCGGUCAGUAAAUACUGGCUGUACCAUCCUCUCAAACGAUUAUAAAUGUGAAUUUUAAACAGUAAAACUGUUUCUAGAUGCAAAACCCGCAGACCGAUUUGUUUCUGAAGUUCAAUUAUUUUUCUAUUGUUCCUUAAUUAUUGCCGAGCAAAUUGAAGACGAGAUGAAGACUAAUCCAGAUAUCUGAGGGAUGGAAACGUCAAAUUAAGAGAGGACGGUAUUACCGUAUAGUUCCCUUGAAUUUCUGGUCAAUAAUAUAUAAUACAUGAUUGCUUAACUUGGGGCAUACAUGGUCGUCAACAUCGUGGAACGGGAAAACGCCAACUCGUUUAUUUAUUAUGAAAAAUUAAUCAAGGCCAGUUGUAGCUGUAUACAUAUACAUAUGUACUGCGGUAAUAUACAUUUUUCAAAUAAUUAGGAGCUGCAGACUUAUAUGGAGAAAACUUUCUGCCAAAGAAAUCAUUUUAAAAUAUAAGCUUGGUAGGUAAAUUUUUCUGAUUUUUUACCUACGUAUCCGCUUACCAUUAUAAAAAAAAAUUUUUUUUUUUUUCGCGAAUAUCGUUGGUUUCAAUUUCCAUUGUGAAUCUUGGAUGUAUAUUGUAUAAUUCUUCUGUUAUUAUUGAUUGUCUUCUAGUUUUUUUCGAAAUAAAGGAAACUUACGUAUGUAACUUUAUGAAUUUAAAAAAUGGUACAGAAAUUUAAAUGAAUAAAAGCAGAAAUACGUUGAUAAAAUGAAAAGAGAUUACAAGGAAGAUGAUUUAGUGUUUUAAUUUUAUUCUUUAGAGAAAUGCCGAACAUAUUUUUUCCAAACAUAUUUUUUAUUGCUUAUUACCGCCGUUAUAUAGCAAUUAGGAUAGCCAUUGAUCAGACGAAAAAAUCGCACAAAUAGUAAAACUGGCGCCAUUUCGUGAAUACGUAUACAACACGUAUUAUACGUAUAUAAAAUAGGUAUAAAUAAGCAUAAAUCAAUAGCGUCGAUCGUUCACAGCACUAAAAUACUUCCCAAUUCCUACCUCUUUGCUUGUUGCAAAUAACAUAUUAAUAAUCAUAAUGAUAUUAAAAAAAUAACAACAACAAUAAUAAUAAUAAUAAUAGUAAUAAUACUUACUUCAAAACUGAAUUCUCAAUUAAAACCGUUGCGUGGGUUUUACUAGAAAUAUGUGUAAUAAUAUAUCUAGAUCAUAUCACCGGCCGAUUGGGUGUCGAAUCUAGUCAGCGGGCGUUCCUUCAAAAUACUCAUUCGGCCAUAUAUUUAUAGCAAUAAACGGUUUGAUUGAUUUAGUUUUUAUAGUAUCGUGAUCAAAGCUCUGUAACAGCAUGGAUUCGAUAAUGAUAGACCAGACAAGUUGAACUUUUUGAUGGGUUGAAGGAAUUCGAUGAAGGAAAAAAUGGAAAACGUCAUAGUAAAUUCUUUGAGAAUUUUGCGGUGGGGUUAACGAUUUUUGAAAUCCGGUGUGAACCGAUGUUACGAGAUCUUCGACGCAACCUGAGUGAAUUCUUGUUAAGUUUUUUGAAAUUCAGUAAGAGUUGUAGAAUCUCAUUUGAUCUUUCAAGAAGUCCGAAGUGUGGUGUUGAAGUAUGAAGUAUGAAAUCACAUGGAAUUUCAAAAUUGUAAUACGAGAUGUUAUGAAAUUUGUAAAAUUUUACAAAAUUUUAUGGAACGUUCGAUAUACGGUGCGAAACUUGUGCAGUCAAGACUUGUGAGAAAUCUGAUAAAAAUUUAAAUCAACUCCUCAAGUCCUCGUAAAAUUUUGUGAAAUUUUGUAAAAUAUUGCAAAGCCGCAGUUAUAGUUAAUCAAUACAAAUCUUUGAUCAGUCCUGAAACGGAAAACGAUAAACGCAGUUUUUCAAAGUUUGAUUAACCCCUCUGUAAUUUGACAAAGUUAAUAUUUUCCCAUUUUUCCGAGUGCGUGAACACUCCUUUUUUUUCUAUUUUAAACCGAGAAAAUUUUUUUUCACAUUUCUUUUACUAAUCAAAUGCGUAUAGGCCCUCCUAAAAACUAGCAUUCUACGGUAGAAGACAUUCCAUGUCUCUGAUAGAGACGGAAAUUCUCGUCAAAUACGCUCGUAUUAAAAAGCCCAGUAUAAUAAAAGUAAAUAUAUUAUUAUAUAUAUAUCGAAGACUAAAAAGCUUUAUCAUUGGUUGUAGAGACGAGCGAAGGUCAAAUUUAUUAUAUACGAGCUUUAAACGAAUGGCGUGAGUUUAACGUAAGAGUUUUUGAGGCACGGAACCGCGCGAUCCCGCGAUUGAUCCAUAUUUAUUGUAGGUAGGUGUAGCAAAACGGCGACUUUGUUGCGAUAUGAUAACGAAACGUCGAUAAGUCUUUUAUCGCGCGAUCGAUAUUAUUAUACACGUAAAAUACAAUAUAUUAUAUAUAUAAACUUGGAAUUUUUGCAGAUUGAAAAUGUCCAUUGUAAAUAAUAAAAAGCAUAUUAUAUACAUAUAAUAUAUAGGGGGUAGUCCAUCCCAUUUCCACCUGGGUCGGACCCUUGACCUCUCGGAUUGGGCGCGACAUUUUUUAUAUGAUUGUUCUCACUUUGAAAGGCACUCGAAUUUUUUAUUUUACAUUUUUGGGACUCGAUUUGAAUUUUCUAUAAUAUUUUGAAAGGAUUUUGUUAAUCGACACAAAUUAAAAAUCUGUAAACAUUCUGAGGAAUCACGUAUGUCAGCUAUAAAAAUUUUUAAGCUUGCAGCCGGAGUGGAGAUAUUUUUUCUUCUUACCUUUUUCAAGCUUUUUCCAAAAAAUAACGCUCAAGAAAUUAAUAGUGGGAGUCAUUUUACUAUGGAUGGUUGCUGAAAAAUUAUCGUAUCUGAACAAUUUUACCGAUUUUUUUGCAAAAGAUGCAUUUCUCCUUUACCUUGCUAUUAAAAGAAGCUGCAAAUGGUAAAGUAGUUCUAAAAAGUAUGUUAAAAUUUUUCAGCAACCAUCCAUAAUAAAAUGACUACCAUUUCUAAUUUUUUAAACAAUUUUUUUUUCCGGAAAAACGUUCCAAGCAGUAAGAUGGAAUCUUCUCACUUCGGCGCUAACAAUAAGCUUAAAAACGUUGACCUCUGACACGCGAUUUUUGAGAAUUUUUUCAGAUUAUUAAGUUUUAAAAAAUUGUAGAAAAUUCAAAUCGGUUCCAAAAAAUUUAUCAAAAGAAAGAAAAAAAAAGAAAAAAGACUGCCCUUCGAAGUGAGAAUAAUCAUAUAACAAAUCGAGGCGCAGGCCCAAUCUAAAAGGUCAAGGGUCAGACCCUGGGCGAAAUGAUAUGGACUGCCUCAUACACUACUUAUAUUUAUUGUGCGUAUGUGUUACUAUGUAUGCAUAUUAUAAGUCUAUAGUGUAAUAGUUGAUUGAAUGAUAAAAAUUUGUUAAUAUGAAAAUCUUUUCGAUGUUGAUGAUUUUGUUACGAGGGUAAGCUAUAGCUUAUAUGCAAUACGCGAUUAUACAUACAUAUAUAAUAUUAUAUAUAUAUAUAUAUAUAUAUAUAUAUAUAUAUAUAUACAUUGUAAUAUAUAUUCAAAGUUAUUUUAUACGUAUUUUUAAAUAUUAUUUAAUAUUACAAAAUUCGAAUAUUUUUCACUGAUCAUUUCAUUAUACAGUGUUGUGAUAUUUAAUAUGAUUUACAAUGUCUUGCUGAUCUCUUAAGUAUUACGAUGCGAAUAUAAUAAUAUUAUAAUUUAUCUAUUUUAUACAAUAUAUUAUAAAUUAUCCAAGGUAUGCCAUAUACCUGUAAUUUGUAGUAUAUUACAAUGUACGUAAUACAAUUAUAAUACAUUCGUCGAUGUGUGAAUCAUGUGAGGAUGUCAUAUCUAUGCGUAACGAUGAAUUCUGGGAAUUAUACCAAGAUGGCAAAUUCAGUGGAGAUAUAGCCAGCUGCAAUGGGAAAGGGCUGGAGCAUGGUGGUAAAUGUAUUCAAUACACGAUAUGACACUUGCCGGAUUUAUACAUACAUAUAUGGGGCAUUCGGUGACAUCACGGUGGAGAUUCUACGUCGAUGUCUCAGACUGGCUUUUUAAUUUCUUUUCGUAAAAGUACAGGAUGAAAAACGCAAUCGCAAUUUUUUUAUGAUUUAAAAACUUGAAGAAAAAAAAAAAAAAAAACUCCACUUUGCAAAUACUUAGAAAUUAAGAACAAUCUUAUAAACUAUAUCGAAAUCUUUGAUACUUUUUAAAAGGUGGAGAUUUCGUGACUUCGAAAGAUAAAUAGGAAGAAUGAAGGAAAAGAAGAUUAUUAUUAUUGGAUUGCAUUUUCGACAUAAGAAUGAACAUAAAAGCUUAUUUUAAUAUCUCUCUGAAGGAGAUAUUUUUCGGCACUUAUUAUAACGAGCUUUUGUGUUCCUUCAUAUGUCAUAUCCAAUAAUAAUAAUUUUCUUUUUCUUUUUUCGUUCUCCUUAUUUAUCUUUUGAAGUUACGAAAUCUCAAUCUUUUGAUAGGUGUCGAAGAUUUUGUUUUACUUUCUAAGAUUUUUCUGAAAUCUUUCAGGUCUUAGAAAGUGGGUCUUACUUCAAGUUUUUUAAUCAUACUUGAGAUACGCUGGAUCCGAAAAUUCUGAAAAAAAAUUGCGAUCGCGUUUUUCGUCGUCUAUAUACUUUCUACAAAAUGAUUGCAAAGCCAAUCUGAGAUGUCGACGUAGAAUCUUGAUCGUAAUGUCAUGGAAUGUCCCAUACACACGCACACACACACGCACACACAACGAUUAUGCAUUUGCCGGGAACAAAAAGUGCCUUUUGGUUUGUCAAAAUGAUGAUCUCUGUAUUGCGUGGUAGAGUAUUUUUUUAAAUUUAAUUAAAUGUAUGACGCAAGCUCUGAUUAAUAUUGAAGCGAUGAAACGAAUCUGCCAUCUUGUGCAAUUUUUCUUAAAUUCACUAUUACGUUGCGUUUGUGACCCGUGGCCGUUGUUUAAAUCGAACAACGAUCGAUGAAAAAAAUGCCAAAUCUAUGCAGUAUAAUCAAUUCCACCGCUACACGUCUGUAAAUUGUUUGAAUAAUUUUAUCUGGUAGGUAUUUUCAAUUAACAUGAUUGCUACAUUCCCAUUAUAUACAAUGAAAUGCCAAAUAUAUAUUAAUAAGGCAAAUAUUUGAGUGAAGAAUGAAUUGUUCAGACGCAUUUCCAUAAAUCUAUUAUCCGCGCAUUGUUUAUCUCCGUGCGUGCGUCUUUAUUGUUAUUUAAACUUACAGAUGAGAAAUUUGAAAGAAAAAUUUCAAACGAUGAUACACAUAUACAUGUAUAUAUAUAUACGUAAAUGUAACAAUAACGGUUCGAUUAUUUCAAAAAUAAUAUACCUACAGUACUAAGAAGACUUGAAAUAUUGAACUGGGCAUUUUAUUUCUCAGUUAAUAUUUUGUUUCCCCUCAUGCCGCAUACACAAAUAUACGGCUAAAUGUAUACGCGAAGCAAAUUAACAAUAAUGUUGAAAUUAGGAAUACCAUAUAGACACGAUAAUAAUUGCGGGAUAUUCGUACUUGAACUGAAGAGCCGUAAUACGUAGAUAUUCAAUUUAAAUUAUGUGUACGACUGAAAGCUGUAGAGCAGUAAAAGCUACGUACUUUUGUCCGAUGAAAAGUUAUGUGUAAGAUAUACACAAUAUAUACAUGCGUAUAUUAAUACAUAUAUUAUAUUAUAGAUAAUAUUAUAGCUAUUAAAACGAAAGACUAUAUAUUGAAGAAAUUGAGUCGUUCUUAUUAAAUCGUAUAAAAUGUUUAGGAGAGUAUUUUUAUCAUAUUUUUGGGUUCACGUCAAAUGAUAUUCGAAAAUUAAACCGUAGCACCGUCCUUGUAUAACGUAACGCUAGCAUCUUCCUUCCCUGUAGAAUACCCUACAUUUUUAAUAUUUCAUUAUUUUUCGAAGAGAUGAAAGCUCGAGCAUAGAAUUCUGAUUAUUCAAAAUGUUACAGUUUACUAUGGGGAAAAUUUCAACAAUCGACCGAUUUUGGUAUUAUUGUAAAAAUUUACUAUAUGCAACUGCCAUUGAUCAACGAUACGAGACAUGAAAAAUUCCGGACGCAUGGAAAUAGAAACCAGAAAUCAUCUGCCGUGAAACAUAAUUUUGUUAAAUUUUUUAUACAAACUAUUUGUUUUUCGGUAUAGAUAAAAAUGUUUCAUAAUUAAGACAGUUUUGUGUGUAUAUAAUGUCCCGAUUUUGGACACAGAAAUAUUUUGUUUAUUGUUGAAUUUUUCAAGUCCUUGCUACAUUGAUUAUAAAAUACAAAAAUGGAGAAUUUAAACCUUGAAUAUAAUUUUUUCAGAAUUUGUGAUUUUUAGAGCCGAAUACCUACAAAAGAAAUCGAAAUAUGCAAAUACGAAAUGGACUUAUAUUAAUGCCCUUUCUCGAUAGGAUGAUCGAUGGACUCUUUCAUAUUGUAUAUACGUAUAUAUAAUAAAAAUGUUUACCUUCCUAACCCUGAAACAAAUAUUGUAUCAAUUGUGUAUUAACACUCAGUAAUAAAUUGUAAUGUUGAAAUUA